AUGGCAUGUACUGUAGCCACCCUAUACAGAUCUGCAACAUGUCGACAAUUGAUAAACCCAAACUCAAGAAAAUGGACACCGCAGGAGCCAAAGUGCUGGAGACAGCUGAAGAUAUCCAGGAACGUCGGCAGCAGGUCCUGGACCGCUACCGGCGUUUCAAGGAGCUGUCGAUGGUGCGCCGGCAGAAGCUGGAGGACUCGUAUCGCUUUCAGUUCUUCCGCCGUGAUGCCGAUGAAUUGGAGAAGUGGAUCCAGGAGAAGCUGCAGAUUGCCUCUGAUGAGAACUACAAGGACCCUUCCAACCUGCAGGGCAAGCUGCAGAAACAUCAAGCUUUUGAAGCUGAAGUUCAGGCCAACGCUGAAGCAAUCAUCAAACUGGACAAGACUGGAAAUCUAAUGAUCACUGAGGGCCACUUUGCAUCUGACACUAUUCGAACUCGUCUGGAGGAGCUGCAUCACCUGUGGGACCUCCUGCUGGAGAAAACCAAGGAAAAGGGCAUGCGUCUGUUGCAGGCCCAGAAACUGGUCCAGUAUCUGCGUGAGUGUGAAGAUGCCCUGGACUGGAUUAGUGACAAGGAGGCCAUCGCCACAUCAGAAGAGCUGGGCCAGGACCUGGAGCACGUGCAGCUCCUGCAGAAGAAGUUUGAGGAGUUCCAGACGGAUCUGGCUGCCCAUGAGGAACGUGUGAAUGAGGUGAACCAGCUUGCAGCUAAGCUGAUCCAGGAAUCCCAUCCAGAGGCGGAGCUCAUCGUGCGCAAGCAGGACGAGGUCAACGCGGCCUGGCAGCGCCUGAAGGGCCUGGCCCAACAGAGGCAGGGCAAGCUGUUUGGAGCUGCUGAGGUGCAGCGCUUCAACAGGGAUGUGGAUGAAACCAUCAGCUGGAUCAAGGAGAAGGAGCAGCUGAUGGGGUCUGAUGACUUUGGGCGUGACCUGGCCAGUGUUCAGGCUCUGCUGCGCAAACAUGAGGGCCUGGAGAGAGACCUGGCAGCUUUGGAAGAUAAGGUCAAAACUCUGGGUGGUGACGCUGAGCACCUGCAGCAGACACAUCCCCAGAACGCUUCGCAGAUCCAUUUGAAAAAGGACGAACUUAUCACCAACUGGGAACAGAUUCGCACUCUGUCUACCGAGCGCCGUGCCCGUCUGAACGACUCCUACCAGCUGCAGCGUUUCACUGCUGACUUUAGGGAUCUGACUAGCUGGGUAACUGAGAUGAAGGCUCUGAUCAAUGCUGAUGAACUGGCCAAUGAUGUGGCUGGAGCUGAGGCCCUGUUAGACCGCCAUCAGGAGCACAAGUGUAAAGUAAAAUAUCACUGCAACAGUGGUUUUGUGAAGUCGCUGAGUGCUCAAGAAGAGAAGAUCACUGCUUUGGAUGAAUUUGCUACCAAACUGAUUCAGAACAACCACUAUGCCAAAGAGGAUGUGGCUACACGCAGAGAUGCUCUACUCAGCCGCCGCAAUGCCCUGCAUGACCGUGCUCAGUCUCGUCGUGCUGCCUUGGAGGACUCCUUCCACCUCCAGCAGUUCUUCAGGGACUCCGAUGAGCUUAAGAGCUGGAUCAAUGAAAAGAUGAAGACUGCUACUGAUGAGGCUUACAAGGACCCCUCCAACCUGCAGGGCAAGGUGCAGAAACACCAGGCCUUUGAAGCGGAGCUGUCUGCUAACCAGAGCCGAAUCGAUGCCCUGCAGAAGUCAGGCCAGGAGCUGCUGGAUGGAAAGCAUUAUGCCUCAACUGAGGUUUCUGGUCACAUGGAAGAAGUCAGCUCUCAGUGGAAAAAACUGCUGGAGGCCACUGAGCUCAAAGUUUUCUCAGGCAAAGACUUGAUCGGUGUCCAGAACUUGCUGAAGAAGCACCAGGCUCUGCAGGCUGAAAUCACAGGUCACGAGCCUCGCAUUAAGGCUGUCACCCAGAAGGGAGAAGCUAUGGUGGAGGAAGGUCACUUUGCUGGUGAGGAUGUGAAGGCUAAGCUGGCUGAGCUGCAUGGGCGUUGGGACACUCUGAAGGCCAAGGCCUCCCAGAGGAGACAGGACCUUGAGGACUCUCUGCAGGCCCAGCAAUACUUUGCUGAUGCUAACGAGGCUGAGUCUUGGAUGAGGGAAAAGGAACCCAUUGUUGGGAGCCCAGACUAUGGCAAAGACGAGGACUCAGCUGAGGCUCUGCUAAAGAAGCACGAAGCCCUGAUGUCUGACCUGAGCGCUUACGGCAGCAGUAUCCAGUCCCUGAAGGAGCAGGCCCAGUCCUGCAGGCAACAAGUUGCACCAACCGAUGAUGAGACCGGGAAGGAGCUGGUCCUGGCCCUGUAUGACUAUCAGGAGAAGAGCCCACGUGAAGUUACCAUGAAGAAAGGAGACAUUCUCACUCUCCUCAACAGCACUAACAAGGACUGGUGGAAAGUGGAGGUGAAUGAUCGCCAGGGCUUCGUUCCUGCUGCUUAUGUGAAGAAGCUCGACCCCACCCAAUCCUCUUCCAGGGAGAACCUGCUGGAUGAACAUGGCAGCAUUGCACUUCGCCAAGACCAGAUUGAAAAUCAGCUUGUCACCAAGGAGGCCUGCAGCGUGUCUGUGCGCAUGAAGCAGGUGGAAGAGCUAUAUGGCACUCUGUUAGAGUUGGGGGAGAAGCGCAAGGACAUGCUUGAGAAAAGCUGCAAGAAGUUUAUGUUAUUCCGUGAAGCCAACGAGCUCCAGCAGUGGAUUCAUGAGAAGGAGAGCACCCUCACUAAUGAGGAGAUGGGCUCUGAUCUGGAGCAGGUUGAGGUUCUACAGAAGAAGUUUGAUGACUUCCAGAAGGACCUCAAGGCCAAUGAGUCUCGUCUGAGGGAUAUCAACAAAGUGGCUUCAGAGUUGGAGUCUGAAGGCCUUAUGGCUGAGGAGGCCCCCAUGGUUCAGGCUCAGCAACAAGAGCUGCUUGGUGCUGCUCCUGGCAAGGAUGAAGCGGAUUCUAAGACUGCAUCUCCAUGGAAGAAUAUACGCUUGGCUGUUCAAACAACGGCUAACUUUAAUACAAUCAAGGAGCUGAACAACCGCUGGCGAUCCCUGCAACAGCUGGCUGAAGAAAGGAGCAACAUGCUGGGCAGUGCACAUGAGGUGCAGCGGUUCCACAGGGAUGCUGAUGAGACUAAAGAGUGGAUUGAGGAGAAGAACCAGGCCUUGAACACUGACAACUACGGUCACGACUUGGCCAGUGUCCAGGCUUUGCAGCGCAAACACGAGGGCUUUGAGAGAGACCUGGCUGCCCUGGGGGAUAAGGUUAACUCUCUCGGAGAGACAGCAGAGCGCUUGAUCCAGUCUCACCCUGAAGCGGUGGAUGACAUCCAGGAGAAAUGCACAGAGCUGAACACUGCCUGGAGCAGCCUGGUGGGACGUGCUGACCAGCGCAAAGACAAGCUUGGCAAUUCCCAUGACCUGCAGCGUUUCCUCUCUGACUUCAGAGAUCUCAUGUCCUGGAUCAAUGGCAUCCGAGGAUUAGUGUCCUCAGAGGAGCUGGCUAAGGAUGUGACUGGAGCCGAGGCCCUUUUAGAAAGACACCAGGAACACCGUACAGAGAUUGAUGCUCGGGCUGGUACUUUCCAGGCGUUUGAACAGUUCGGACAGCAGCUGCUGGCUCGAGGCCACUAUGCUAGUCCUGAGAUUCAGCAAAAACUUGAGGCUUUAGACCGUGAGCGCGCUGAUCUGGAGAAGGCCUGGGUGCAGCGCCGCAUGAUGUUGGAUCAGUGCCUAGAACUCCAGCUCUUUAACAGAGACUGUGAGCAGGCUGAGAACUGGAUGGCAGCUCGUGAAGCCUUCCUCGCCAGUGAUGACAAGGGUGACUCCCUGGACAGUGUGGAGGCCCUCAUUAAGAAACAUGAAGACUUUGACAAGGCCAUCAACGUUCAGGAGGAGAAGAUUGCUGCUUUGCAGUCUUUUGCUGACCAGUUGAUUGGAGCCGACCAUUACGCCAAACCUGAGAUUCUUAACCGCCGCAAUGAAGUUCUUGACAGAUCCCAGACCCUGCAGCAGUUUAGUCGUGAUGUGGAUGAAAUUGAGGCUUGGAUCAGUGAGAAACUACAGACUGCAACUGAUGAGUCUUACAAGGAUCCCACCAACAUCCAGCUGUCCAAGCUGCUGGAUCGUCUGAAGGAUCUGAACGGCCAGGCCGACAGCCUGAUGGCCAGCAAUGCUUUCGAUACUACUCAGGUGAAGGACAAGCGUGAUGCUGUCAACGGCCGCUUCGCUAAAAUCAAGAAUAUGGCAGCCAGCCGUCGUGCUAAACUAAACGAAUCCCACCGCCUGCACCAGUUUUUCAGAGACCUGGAUGAUGAAGAGUCUUGGAUCAAAGAGAAGAAGCUACUUGUGAGUUCGGAGGACUAUGGACGUGAUUUGACAGGAGUACAGAAUCUGAGGAAGAAACACAAGAGGCUGGAGGCUGAGCUUGGAGCCCACGAGCCAGCCAUCCAGUCUGUGCUGGACACUGGGAAGAAGUUGUCAGAUGACAACACUAUUGGCCAGGAGGAGAUCCAGCAGAGGCUCGCCCAGUUUGUUGACCACUGGAAAGAACUUAAGGACUUAUCUGGAGCGAGAGGAAAGAGGCUUGAGGAAUCGUUGGAGUACCAGCAGUUUGUGGCGAAUGUGGAAGAAGAAGAAGCCUGGAUUAAUGAGAAGUUGAAUCUAGUGGGAAGUGAGGACUACGGAGACACACUUGCUGCUGUGCAGGGUUUACUGAAAAAGCAUGAAGCAUUUGAGACUGAUUUCACUGUACACAGAGACAGAGUGAAUGAUGUGUGUGCUAACGGAGAGGAGCUCAUCAAGAAGAACAAUCAUCAUGUGGACAACAUCAGUGCCAAGAUGUCAGCUCUGCGAGGAAAAGUGUCUGAGCUGGAGAGGGCUGCAGCACAGAGGAAGGCCAAGCUGGACGAAAACUCUGCCUUCCUGCAGUUCAACUGGAAGGCCGACGUUGUGGAAUCCUGGAUCGGUGAGAAAGAAAACAGCCUGAAGACUGACGACUAUGGCAGAGACCUGUCCUCUGUGCAAACGCUGCUUACCAAACAGGAGACGUUUGAUGCUGGCCUGCAGGCCUUCCAGCAGGAGGGCAUCACCAAUAUUACAACUCUGAAAGACCAGCUGCUGGCUGCCAAACACGUCCAGUCAAAAGCCAUCGAAGCUCGUCACGCUUCCCUAAUGAAACGCUGGAAUCAGCUACUGUCGAACUCUGCUGCACGCAAGAAGAAGCUUCUGGAAGCCCAGGAACAUUUCAGAAAGGUCGAAGACUUGUUCUUGACAUUUGCUAAAAAGGCGUCAGCCUUUAACAGCUGGUUUGAGAAUGCUGAGGAGGAUUUGACAGACCCUGUGAGGUGCAACUCUCUGGAGGAGAUCAAAGCCCUGCGUGAAGCCCAUGAGGCUUUCCGUUCCUCACUGAGCUCAGCUCAAGCCGACUUUAACCAACUGGCAGAACUGGACCAACAGAUCAAGAGCUACCAGGUGGUGUCCAAUCCCUACACCUGGUUCACCAUGGAGGCCCUGGAGGAGACUUGGAGGAACCUGCAGAAGAUCAUCAAGGAGCGUGAGCUAGAGCUGCAGAAGGAGCAGAGGAGGCAGGAGGAAAACGACAAGCUGCGUCAGGAGUUCGCGCAGCACGCCAACGCCUUCCACCAGUGGCUACAGGAGACCAGGACAUAUCUUCUGGAUGGGUCAUGUAUGGUGGAAGAGUCUGGUACCCUUGAAUCCCAACUGGAGGCCACCAAGCGUAAGCACCAGGAGAUCCGUGCCAUGCGCAGCCAGCUGAAGAAGAUUGAGGACUUGGGUGCAGCUAUGGAAGAGGCACUGAUCUUGGACAAUAAGUAUACAGAGCAUAGCACAGUGGGCUUGGCCCAGCAGUGGGACCAAUUGGACCAACUGGGAAUGAGGAUGCAGCACAACCUGGAACAACAGAUACAGGCCAGAAAUACCACUGGAGUGACAGAAGAGGCUCUGAAGGAAUUCAGUAUGAUGUUCAAACACUUUGACAAAGAGAAGUCUGGCCGUCUGAACCACCAAGAGUUCAAGUCAUGUCUCCGCUCACUGGGCUAUGAUUUGCCCAUGGUGGAAGAGGGAGAACCUGAUCCUGAGUUUGAGGCCAUACUCGACACAGUGGAUCCCAAUAGGGAUGGAAACGUGUCGCUGCAGGAGUACAUGGCGUUCAUGAUCAGCCGUGAAACUGAGAACGUCAAGUCUAGUGAGGAGAUCGAGAGCGCCUUCCGAGCCCUCAGCGCUGAAAACAAACCCUACGUCACUAAAGAGGAGCUCUACCAGAACCUGACUAAAGAGCAGGCAGACUACUGUCUGUCACACAUGAAGCCCUACCUCGACAGCAAGGGCCGCGAGCUGCCGUCAGCUUUCGACUUUGUCGAAUUCACUCGCUCGCUCUUUGUCAACUGAUCCUUUCCCCGCCAGUGACCAAUCGGGAAGCGUUUCCCACACACACUUCAAUAUGAACACACAGCUGAAACUGCAUGAUCGUGGCACUAGCAAUACUCACCAAUACCAAAACUCUGUACUCUAUUUAUCUCGCUCUGACCUAACUCUUUGUGCUUCUCAUGGUAGUGAAUGUGAUUGUUUUUAGCCAUUUUAGCUUGUGCUUUCAGUAAAUUUAAGAACCUUGCAACAAUGAUGUAACACCACCUUAACAUUUGCAGUGUGCUUUAAUAAACGCUACUGGUUAAAACUGGAA